GCGACGAGAAACAAGAUGGCGGCGGAAGUGGUAGGUUAGUGUUUUUUUCAUGAGGACAACCAAGUUCCUAAACAACUUCAGUUUCAAGGCGAUAAUGUUUGCCAGGAUAUAACGAAAUCAGAUGAGAUGUAGGACGUUGGUUGGAUAAAGAAAUUACCGUUCAUAAUUCCCAUCCAGUUUGGAGAGCAGCGAAAUAUGUCUGGAGACCUACAAGCGACGAUAGAGUUUGCAGUGGAAUUUUCGACGUUCCACAAUGUCGAUCUCUUUCAGCGCGGGUAUUAUCAGAUCCACUGUAUGCUCAAGCCUCCUGUAAAAGCUGCAGCAAGCACAGAGGUAGAGAAACGACUUGACAUUGGCUCAGACAUUCAAGGACAAGAAUAUCAAUUUGGAGCAACCAUUACCCCAUCUGGAGGGACAGCCAUCUCUAAGACGUUUCAAAUUCUUUACAGGAAUGAGUCCAUUAUGUUGAAUGAUUCUUUUGUGUUCCGCCUCCACAUGUUGGUUAACAGUGACAAGGUUGUCCAGGAAAUUGACCAGGCUGAUUAUCAAAUGACAGUGGAGCUGUUCUUCUCUGACUCAGAAUAUGGACUUGAAUCUGUUGAGUCACUGACAAGUGUAAGCACACAGACAUUAAAACUGCACAUGUCUUGUGUGAAGGGUCUGCACCACCAUGUGCCCAUCUUGUUUGAUUAUUAUCACUUUGCUGUCAUCGACACCACAAUUCAUGCCACAGUAACAGCACUUGGCCUUCCUGAUCACAGCAUUGUUAGGCCUGUAAAGAACAGCUGGCUUGGUAAACAACCAUCCAAUCAACGGGUGUCAACACCAACGUUUUAUGUUGUGUUGUUCAGUAACAAAGCCUUAGCCCCCCAGAGUUCCAAGACUUCACUUGUUGAAAAGCAGUUACAGUUUGCGUAUGACACACACAGGGCAUUAUGCAGUACUCUUUUGUCUGCCCAAGUAAAUCUGCUGGCUUAUUUCCAAUGUUUAACUGAGCUUCUUCCUGAAAAUCAGAGGAUGGAUCUUGGUAUGAUAGACUUUGGUGAGAAGCUGGAUGUGUUGUGCAGUACAGUAGAGGCUACAGUUGGUUGUGAGGAAACAUUUUCUCAAGUAUGCAGUGACCUAAACAACCUUAGUUCAGAGCUUUCCUUAGCAUGGUCACAGUUCCUAGAGUUCUUUAGUCUGAACAAAGCUAUUUUACCAUUUCUGAGAAAAGAACACCACAACCAAAGGCUUUCUCAUUUCUCGGAGGCAUUUUUCAUUCAGGAGUACCCAUGGAAUGAACUUCAAAGCACACCGGAUCAGUUGUUUCAGCAGCAUCAGAGUCUGGCUCAGAGUGUGAAAGGAUCCCGUUAUUAUCAGACCAUUCCUCCAGUUCAGGUGGAGUGUCCUCUGUUGGAUGGAGAUCCCACUUCGAUUCCAAUCAUAUUUGAAGACAAGUAUAGUUUCUCUGAACCCAGAGAACCAGAUCUUCCCAGAAACUCCGAGUUGGAAGACAUAUUUUUCACGGUGGAUUCGGACGAGGUUGAUAGCGCCGGCAUGGAUGAUAGAUUCCUCCUUAUUAACGCUAAAGAUUCUGAUGAAGCCGAGAAGAACGGUUCAGCGUCACAAGCAGUGUCAGAAGAGAGUGUCCACGAAGCUGAGACACAAGCCAGCCAUGAUAGCGAGGCACAAGCCAGUCACGAUAGCGAGGCAACAGGGAAGAACCUUGACAAAGGAUUGGAGCAAACGGACGAGACAGAUGAGACAACCGAAAACAGCGAGACAGCUCUAGACGACAUAAAUAUUGCGAUAAAUGGCGGGACAGACGAUGCUCCAAGUGAAGAUUCUUCACAUUUACUGGAAGAUUUGCAGUCGGCGUUAAGUAAAUGGGAAAGCACCCAGCCGCUUAUUCAACAAGAAGACGCUAAGGCGCCUGAUAAUGAGUCUGAUGUUAAAGAGGAUGUUGAAAACGAAAGGACUAGCGAAGUUAAACCUUCUGAGGGCGGCAAGGGCCAGAAAGAAGAUAGUUCAGACGACACUGAGGAGUCGGACUUUGUUGAUGCUCAAGCGAUAAAUGGCAUUGAAAUGCUACCAAGUAGUGACAUCAACGCCGAUGAUUCGGAUGCUUCUGGUGAAAUUGAUAGUUCUGCGGAAAAGGUGUCGAAAGAAACUGUUGAUCAGGAUGUCGAUGAAACAACACUCAUCUGCAACGAUGCUGCAAAAAGUUACUCUGCGGACAUCACUGAAAGUUCAAACGAAGAAAACUCCGAGGAGCCCGAACUUCAGUUCACCACUGAUCGUGAAGGCUCGCAAGACGACCUGCUUUCGUCUCCCCCUGACGCGGGAGCGGACUCGAGUAGCUACGAGACGCCGAGGUCUUCCGAAGCAUCCCCGAGUGCAACUUCGGAAAAUCAGUCCAAAGUUGUGACUAUACAACCAACUGUCAACGGAGUGUCGUGUCGUAACUCAGUGACCGAUGGUGCACCAAUCCCUCCAUCAAGGAAAAACAAAAAGAAGGGUCUUUCUACGGCUUCAUUAGGAGGAUGUCUUCCCAUGGCCUGCGCCGGAAACGCAUCGCCAGCCUUUACUUUAUCCCGAAAUGAUUCUGUUUACGGAGGAAGCGUGCGAUCCAGGUUUGAGAUAGCGAAAAGAUCAGUGAAGCGCAGUUUGAAUUAUGCCUGCCAACUUUACAGUGAUCGCUGCUUCCAAGGAAUUCGCGAGCCGUACUUUAGUGCCCAGGCUCCUGAAAGCAUCCAGACGCACUUGAUCGUAUGUGUUCAUGGCUUGGAUGGCAACAGCGGUGAUCUUCGUCUUGUUCGAUGUUAUUUAGAGAUGGGCCUCCCUUCCACGAAGAUGGACUUUCUUAUGUCCGAAAUCAACCAGCCUGACACGUUCGUGACAUUCGAAGAGAUGACUGAGAAGCUGGUUCAGGAAAUAACGCAUCACAUUGAAGCGUACAAUCUCUUUCCCACCAAAAUCAGUUUUGUCGGUCAUUCUCUGGGUAACAUUAUCAUCCGGUCCGCUCUCGGCCACCCUGAGAUGAGGCCCUUUUUGGACAAGAUCCACACAUUCUUGUCCCUGUCGGGUCCUCAUUUAGGAAUGCUUUAUCCAACGAGCUCUCUUGUCAGCACAGGUCUGUGGUUUAUGCAGAAAUGGAAGAAGUCGGAUUCGUUGUUACAGUUAUCGCUGCAUGAUCAUCCUGACCCGCGGCAGACUUUCAUUUAUCGUCUCAGUCAGUCAGAAGGUUUGCAACAUUUCAAGAACAUUCUUCUUGUCAGUUCAGUACAGGACCAUUACGUGCCAUACCACUCGGCCAGGAUAGAGACUUGUCGAGCAGCGCUGAGAGAAAACUCCGAGCUCGCUGUUGCUUACAGGGAAAUGAUCGACAACUUACUCAGACCACUGGAGGAUAGAAAAGACAUGAACCUUAUCCGAUACAGUGUCUAUCAUAAUCUUCCGAGCUCGGCGAACUCGUUCAUUGGUAGAGCUGCGCAUAUAGCCAUGUUAGAUUCUGAACUAUUUAUCGAGAAACUGCUUUUAGUGUCUGCGUUAGAUUACUUUAGAUAGGGAUGUGUUUCCGACAGUCGUGGGAUGGGUGCGGUUUUGGGCCAAUUUCUCCUUCCAUUCGCCGAAUCUAAUCACCCCACGUUUACUCCCUUGUCCUGAAUUUCAUUCAGGGACUUUUCUGAUGUCAGUCGUGUUCUUUGUCACUACCAGAAAUUGCGAUGUAACAAAAAAUUAUCCACACGUCCUGAUCGAGUAUAUGUGCUUCCGGGCAGCACUCGGAACGCAUCCGAAGAGCUUUUGAUUGUUAAUGGUCCAACAAGAUGAGAGCACGAGCGCUUUCCGAUAGGCUUGCCUAAGAGUCGGCGCUUACCGAUUCUCGUUUGAUAGUAUUUUAGUCCAGAACUGGAAACUUUUUUAAACGGAGGAAACGAGGUCGCUUUGUUCCCCUUUGUUAGCAAAAUAAGCAUAGAAGUAAUCCUAAGGGUAAUGUGAUUUUUCCGGAGGGAUUAUUAUUCUGGGAGCCUUUGGGGAUUCGUAUUGUGCGAAGUGCUCGCAUUUCAAAAGAAACCGUGAUAAGGUAAAAUUAAUAUCCAUUUUGUAUGUUUGUUUGUUUGUUUAGGGAGUAUAAUUUGUACAAUAUAGAAUGUCAUCAAUCACGUUUAAGAUAAUAGUGGUUAAUGGGUUCCAGUAUUAUAAUGGCUCUAGUUUCAGGUUAAUGUAGCCUGUGCCGAAAAGCACUCCACAGACAAAGAAAAGCUGAGGGAAAUACUAACAAUACAACCAAAUUGAGUGACUGAGUUUUGGUUACCACAGAGGUUUAAGAAGGAAUCCACCAGCAGUUCGAGUAACAAGGGGACAAAAACUUUGUACCGAGAUUACUUACUUCGUAUUGCAGACUUUUGUGCGUCUCUUUUAAAUAUAUUCCCAAAAGAAAUCAUUUCUAACAAUACCAAAUGCAGAAAACAAAUUUUGAAACACUUGAAAGUACUGAUGAAAUGAA